GUUUUAGCUUUAGUUUUUAGGAAGUAAUUGGAAAAACUCUUAUCGUUUUUCGCAUGGAAACAUACAACUGGAUCACUGUGUUUAGGAAGCGGAUUGUAAAGAAAACCUUCUAUGAUUUAAUUUCUUGGUGUUUACGGGCAUCAUGAGGAAACCGAGCUACAGGGAAAUCUGCUAAGGAGAGGAAACCGAGCUACAGGGAAAUCUACUAAGGAGAGGAAACCAAGCUAAAGGGAAAUCUACUAAGGAGAGGAAACUGAGCUACAGGGAAAUAUACUAAGGAGAGGAAACUGAGCUACAGGGAAAUCUACUUAGGAGGAGAGGAAACCGAGCUACAGGGAAAUCUACUAAGGAGAGGAAACCUAGCUACAGGGAAAUCUACUAAGGAGAGGAAACCGAGCUACAGGGAAAUCUACUAAGGAGGAGACGAAACCGAGCUACAGGGAAAUCUACUAAGGAGAGGAAACCUAGCUACAGGGAAAUCUACUAAGGAGAGGAAACCGAGCUACAGGGAAAUCUACUAAGGAGGAGACGAAACCGAGCUACAGGGAAAUCUACUAAGGAGAGGAAACCGAGCUACAGGGAAAUCUACUAAGGAUAGGAAACCAAGCUACAGGGAAAUCUACUUAGGAGAGGAAACCGAGCUACAGGGACAUCUACUUAGGAGGAGAGGAAACCGAGCUACAGGGAAAUCUACUAAGGAGAGGAAACCGAGCUACAGGGAAAUCUACUUAGGAGAGGAAACCGAGCUUCAGAUUUUUAACUUCCUGCAUUACGAUUCAAGAACUGGCAGUUCAUCUCAUAAUAAAGCUGCGGAAUGAGGAUUGUUUUUAUUUUCUUAUUAAAUCCUGUUUGUUACAACUGUGUCUCUAUAUCCAGUAGGGAUGUGGGUGACUGUAAUGUGGAUAAACCAGGAACUAAAGACGGACAAGCUACUCUCUUUCAGGUUGGUUGGGCCUACGGAAAUGCUUGCGGAUACAAAGCUCCGAAUAAUGCACAUGCUGGUGGAUUCUUUGCUGCUGUUGGUGGGACAGACUGGAAUGAUGGAUAUGGUUGCGGCACCUGCGCACUUCUUAGUUAUAACGGAACUGAAAUAGUGGUAAAUGUAGUGGACAAGUGUGGAGGUUGUAGUACAGGAUGGUUUGACCUGGGAGGACCGGCCUGGGAUGCUCUUACAAAUAAUGCUCUGCCUGGGCAUAUUCAUAAUGUUGAAUCCAGAUGGAUUGAGUGUCCGGAUAAGCUGCUGGGGGGACACAAUCUAGAAGUGUUUGUAAAAACAGGCAGCCAUGCUUGGGAUGCCAGGUUUCAGCCGCAGUUCCACAAGUCUCCCAUCACAUCCCUGAGUAUAGAUACAGGAUCUGGCUGGCAGCUGAUGAAUAAAUGUGAAAACUUUAUGUUCUGUAAACCCGGUGGAUUAAUACUGAAUGGAGCAUAUACUUUAAAAAUAUCAUCAGCUGUCCGCAAUAUUGAUCUGAAGAUGACCUCUAUACCUGGUGGGGAGUUUGUAGAUACUAAGACCAACAACGGCAAUGGAAAAUGUGGGGCAGGAAAUUCUGGAACUGUCACAGAAACCAGUUUUAGUCUUCCCCCAUCGUCUGCUGUUCCUACCUCUUCAACCACCCCCGUUACUCCUGUUUCUGUAUCCAGUAAUCCCAGUACCACUACUACUGCCGUCUCAGUUUCAACUUCUGAAACCACCCCACCUUCCAAACCUUUAAAACCACAAGGUCCUGGGAAUUGUGAAGGAGAGGGUCUUUUCCCUGACCCUAACGACUGUACUGGUUUCAUCAAGUGUGCUCAGGGAACUGCUUAUCCUAUCAAUUGUGGUUAUGGUCUGUAUUUUGAUACAGUAGCCUACAACUGUAAUGCUCCUGCCUACACUAACUGCAAUGGAAGGCCAGUUCCAAUUAGAAGAACAAUAGAGAUCUACUAUAAUUACGUCAAGGAUACCCUGACAACUCUCUGGGCUGGCGUAUACAAGUAUAUUCAAAUCUAAUUAUGACAUGUCAGAAAAUGGAUGAGACAAUGCAGAAUUUUUUUUAUUUAAAUUUAAAAAUUUUUCUGUGCUAUGUGUGCUAUGAAGUGGUUACCCAUAUCAACAAAGCAUAUACUUCAGAGAAGACUUUUUGGAAAAGGGGUUUUGGUCAAUAUUAAAGUCUCAUGCUUAGAAGAUAUAACUAAAUAUUUUGCAUUCACCUAACCUCUUGAAUAGGGACAACAGUAAUUUAAACCAAUAAGUCUAUACUAAUGUAAACACCUAAUUUUGUCUAAAUUUCUCACAUAAUUAUUAUAAUUUGAUUGAUUAAGAAAUGUAUAAAGGGACUGUAUAGGAAAAAUAAAAGGGGUUAUAUGAUGAAAUUUAAGAAUUUCAGGCAUUGAAUGAUACAUGUAAGACAUCUAUCUGAUGUUCCUGCCUCGAGAAAUUGAUAUAAAACUGUGUCAAAAUUAUACCAAAAUGUAUUUAUAUCAGAUUUUGCAUAAGUGUUAUAGUAUUAAACAGAUUGUAUUCAACCUCUAAGCAACCAAUCUAAAAUCUAAUACAUCCCAAAUAAGCCUGAGAAUCUUAGAUUUGCUCCUGUUAUAAUUGUUAUUCUUAUUUUGCAUUUUUAAUAGAUAUGAAUAAGUCACUAUAGAACUUCCAAUAAUUGCAGUGCAGUAUUGUUGUCACUUGUCUCUGUAUGUAUCAUGUGACCAGUAUUCUGACUUUGUCUGUUUAAUGUUUAUCGUUAAAUUCUAAGAUUUAAAAAGAAGAGUCUAAAAAACCUUACACAUUUUCCCUUCUCAACUAGACUUGAAACUAUUAAAGGAUAGGUCACAAUAAACAACUAAUAGGGUAAUAAAAAACCUAGGUAGAGGUGUGAUUUAUCAUUACAAAGGAAAUCCUAAACCUGAUGUACUCAACAGAAGGAUUUAAAAUAUUAGUACCAAGUGUAAUAUUAUUAUGUAAAAACAAGGAUUCUUGGAACCAAGGUCCGUUUUCAAUAAGUGCUCAAAUUUUAAAGUCAUUUCUCAGUGUAAAGAUAAUACAAUUGUUUCGCUACUUAGCU